UGCUUCCUCUUAACUCCUUGGACAGGUCACAGGGUCACUCUGACCCAGGGCCACUUUAGACACCAGCUCACACAUCAAGCAUGCUUUUGGACUGUGGGAGGAAGUCUGAGGACACCCCCACAUGCACGGGGGACACACAAGAAACUCCACACAGAAGGGAUUUGAACCACAGCCUGCUCACAGUGUGACAGGAGUGCUAACCACUACACCACCGUGCUCAUUGCCUGAAGGCCUGCGCUGUGGGGCAGCGGUGGACCGGGUCACCCCCUUUCUGAUAGACCCGUCAGACCUGAAAAAGGUCAACCGAUAGAUGACCUUUGACCCUCUUCUCUUCACCAUGCCUGCACGAGAGAGAGGACGACCACCGGCUGGACCGGAGGAUUCAGUUCUGGAUUGGGGUCUGCAAACACCCUCAUGUCCUCUGUGCAGCUGUGGAGAGUCGGUGGACCAGCCCCCCCUCCAACAGCAGGGGGAGGAGCCGCUGGGAAGGUCGCACUCGGCCGACCCCCCUCCCACUGCCGGUUGAACGACCAGCCGGCCCCCGACACGCUGAGUUCCAGACCGCGGUCCAGCCUCUGCAGCGUCCUGUUCUCCUGACCCCCCAGCAGACUGAGCCCCCCAGCUCUGACCGGGAAGACCUCAGGAAUGCCUGAACGUCUUCUGCCCUUCCUGCUGCAGCCGACGAGGCGUUUGUGACUCUGGUCACCUCAGACUCCUACUGCCAGGGCGCCGAAGUUGUGGCUCGCAGUUUACGGCGCCACGGUACGACGCGGCCCGUCGUUGUCAUGGUUACCCCAAACGUCUCUGAGCAGCGGAGGUUCUCCCUGCACUCCGACUUUGACGAGGUUGUCCUGGUGGACCCCCUCCCCAGCCAGAACCCCUCCCCGUCUCCAUGGAGAUGUCCCGAGCUCAGCCUCACCAAGAUCCAGUGCUGGACCCUGACUCAGUUCAGGAAAUGUGUCUUCCUGGAAGCAGACACGCUGGUUCUGAGUAACGUGGACGAGCUUUUCCAGAGGGAGGAGCUAUCGGCUGCUCCCGACCCCGCUUGGCCGGACUGCUUCAACUCCGGCGUGUUCGUCUUCACGCCGUCCCUCCACACCCACUCCAGGCUGCUGCAGCACGCCGAGCAGCACGCCGAGCAGCACGCCGGCGUGGACGGAGCAGACCAGGUUCUCCUGAACUCCUUCUUCUCCAGCUGGCCCCUGCAGAACCUCCACCACCGCCUGCCGUUCGUCUACAACCUGAUCUCCAGCUGCUGCUACAGCUACCUGCCAGCCUUCACCCAGUUCGGCCACCAUGCCAAGAUAGUCCACUUCACAGGAGCCCUGAAGCCGUGGAGCCGGCAGAGGGAGGCCGCCCCCCCAGACCCCUUGGAGAGGUUCUGGUCCCUGUGGUGGAAGGAACAUCUCAGCCGUUCUGCAGAGGGGCAGCCCGGCAGGAGAGCAGAGAACCAGCAGAUCCCGGAGCAGCGCGCUGAGGUUCCUGUCCAAGAACGCCUGGACACCUGCAGCUCUCUGCUGCCACACUUUACUGCCCCGCUCCAGAACCUGGACCCGGACCCCCAGUUGACCCCCUCCACAGAGGCCCCCCAGCCACCAGAGGGGGCGGGAUGCUCGGAGAGACCAGAGGAUCCACCUCCAGCUGUGGAGGAAGCAGAAGAUGGAGCUUCUCCGCCUCAGGGGGCAGCAGAGACGCAGGAGCUGCAGCACCGCAGGCGCUGGGAGGCCGGACAGGCCGACUACCUGGGCAGAGAUGCCUUCCAGAACAUCCAGAAGAUGCUGGACCGCUUCCUGGACUAGAAGAUCACGGAUCGUCCCCAGAUUCACCAACCGGUCCUGUUCUCCAGGCUGAAGCAGAGCAGACCAGACCAAACUAGACCAGAUCAAACCAGACCAGACCAAACUAGACCGGAUCAGACCAGACCAGAUCAGACCAAACUGGACCACACCAUAACAAACUAAACCAGAUCAGACUAGACCAGAAAACACCACACCAAACUAGACCAGACCAGGCCGAACUAGACCAGAACAGAAAAAAUUAGACCAGGCCAGACCAAACUAGACCAGAUCAAACCAGACCAGAUCAGACCGAACUGGACCACACCAUAACAAACUGAACCAGAUCAGACUAGACCAGAAAACACCACACCAAACUAGACCAGACCAGAUCAGACCAAACUACACCAGACCAGAACAAACUAAACCAAACCCGUCUGAUUGAGGUGCCUGGACCAUAAAACACUGAUAGCCCCUGAGGGGCAGCAGCCACAGCGCCCCCAGAGGCGGGUUUGGUUCCUACAGGUGGACGUCACGUCUUCUUCUGGCGUUUCCUGUUUGAAGAAGACACUCUGGAACCCCCCCUCCCCCACGCUGCCGUUCUGAGGUCCAGACCGUCACCCUCACUCCACAUCUGCCCUGCAUCAGCUGCACUCACACCCUGCUGUGGGGUAAUUAAAUGACUGAAGCAUCA